AAUCGUUUGACACAAGACGCCUUGGAGAAUGAGUUUGGAAUUGCAAGGCAAAGGUGUGGUUAUGAAAAAAACCCAUCUGCCAUGCAGUUCCGUCAAAAUCUGCGUCACAGAAUCCAAGUGACACUAAUGAAACCACCGGAGUCUGCUAAUUGUGAAAUAGACGAUGACGUCAUCCUCACUGCGUCCGAUCUGGAUAAAAUCAGCGACACCGAAGAUGAAGAAGGAGAUGGUGAUGGUGAUGGCGAAGACCAAGUGAGAAACGUCGAUGUGUCUAUGUCAACUACAGAAGGAAGUGGACUUGAAGACAUGGAAGUUGACGACCCAGACGACAUAGUCCAAUCUGACGACUCGGAUAUUGACCUUGACGCCGAACAUAUACAGCCACCUCAAAUUGCCCCAGAUCAACAACCAACGCUGGAAAGCUGUUCUGUUCAGUAUGUUGCUGGAUAUUUAGCGAAGAUUUGCUUGAAGAAAUUCUCAUGUGAAGAAUGCAGCCGAGAGCUUACAACAGGUGCCCAGCUCAGUGACGAAAAUGAGCUGCUGAUUCUUCACAGGAGUUAUUCCACAAAAGAUGGAACGAGCCAUCUGACUGCUCCAUCCAAGGAAAUGGCAUCCGUAACAGACGUCAUGCUUUUUUCUUUUAAAGAAAACUUUCAAAAAAUGAAGCAUAUAGUAGGGGUCAAGUCAUCCUUGAUGUCUUCAAUCAAAAAGGACAUUAUGAAGAAACAUAGAGAAUGGCUAAAACUAGAGUCUACUUGCAGGGAGCAUCGCGACUUCGUAGUCAACUUCCUUGUGCGUUUGAAAAUUAUAAAAACUGUGCUGUGGACGUCCCGUAGCUUAAGAAUGGCCCGCUACGGAAAAUCUACUACAAAAUCAGUACCACAUCAACGUAAACUAAAAAAUUUGCAACACUUGUAAACUUUGUU